AUGAGUGAAAACUUGAAGGACUGUUUGAUCCAGACCCAGGCUUCCUUAGGGGAGAUGGUGACAAUAAAAACAGAGGCCUGCUCUCCGCGCCGGGACCAGGAGUAUGGACACCCUUGCUCUGGAAGGCCUGACCCACAGUCCAUGGAGGUGGAGCCCAGGAAACUGAAAGGGAAACGGGAUUUGAUCAUGACCAAGAGCUUUCAGCAGGUGGAUUUCUGGUUCUGCGAGUCCUGCCAAGAGUACUUUGUGGACGAGUGCCCGAACCACGGGCCCCCCGUGUUCGUGUCGGACACCCCGGUGCCCGUCGGCAUCCCCGACCGGGCGGCGCUGACGGUCCCGCCGGGCAUGGAGGUGGUGAAGGAGCCCAGCGGGGAGAACGACGUGCGCUGCAUGAACGAGGUGAUCCCCAGAGGUCACAUCUUCGGGCCCUACGAGGGGCAGAUCUCCAGCCAGGACAAGUCUGCGGGAUUCUUCUCGUGGCUGAUCGUGGAUAAGAACAACCGCUACAAGUCCAUCGAUGGGACAGAUGAAACCAAAGCAAACUGGAUGAGGUGA